AUGAAUGAAUUCUCAAGAAAAUUAAACAAUUCAGAAAGUGUAUGAAAAGAGGUAACAUUUCUUUUAUUAAAUGGAUAUGGUGAAGCAUUUCAAUAUUGCAAUAGAUCGUUAUUUGAAAUUGUAGAAUGCCAAAAAUCAAUGGUUGAUGAUUUUGAAAUAAAAAUAUACACUUUAUUGGGAUUAGGUCCAACAGUGCUCGUUUUAUGCGUUUGCUUACUUCUUCCAUUUUAUUAUUCUGUAGUAAAAAUUGAAAAUACUCUUUGAAAUACAUUAAGAGCUAAAUCUUAUGCCCAUUACUCUGAACUGAAACAAAAUCUUAUAGAACGACUAAAAAAUAUCCACUCUGAACCUGAAAUAAUGGCUUUUGAUCAAAAAUUGUCUAAAGAUCGAAGAGAGCUUAAAAGCCUUUGAAAAUAUAUAUGAAGGGCAUGUUUAUUAGUAUUAGCAGUGAUUAUAUUUUCUAUAGUAAAUAUUACUUAUCUUUAUGAUAAAUGCGCAGAUUAUUUAUACUAUAGGCCUGUAUUUAUAAGAGAAGUGAUAAACCAACAGAUGUUGUAUACAGGCUUGGAUAUAUGAGCGACUGAAUCGGCAGCAGAUAACUAUGGAGCCCCCACUUCAAAUAUAUUUCCUUCAUUGUACCCUUUUAGGACCAGUAUAUCUCAGUUUCAAAAAGUCAAAUCAAGGCUUGAAUAUUCUGACUCAACCAUAAUCAAACAAAAGUUUUCAUCUAUUUUAUCAAAAAAAUUUAAAGAAAUGUAUUAUGAAAAUUUAGAUGGUUCUGAAACUUUCGCUUUUGGACUAUAUCCAUCUAAGGAAAUAUUUGAAUUUGAUAGCUAUCUUACAGCAGAUUUACCUAUCCCUGUAGACCAAUGACUCAGAAUGAUGUCUAUUUCAAGGGAGCUAAAUUCUUAUUAUAGUAUGCUUAUUGAAGAUAUUGACAAAUACUCAAAAAAAUUGAUUGAUAACCAAAUUCUUAUUAUAAUAGCAACUUUAGCUAUUUUUAUACUAUCUUUAUUUGUUCUAUAUUUUGGGUUUUAUUUGACAUUUUUUAGGAGUGAAAAAAAAUAUUUGCAGAAAAUAGAUGCAAUAAUAAAUAUUGUCUCUUAUUAA